GGAUCAUUUUGGGAUCAAUUCAACAGUGAUAUGUAUAUUCAUCAUCCACAGCAAGGUGAGAUGUUCUUCAUGUGUCAAAUUUGUUGCCCAAGUGUAUCAAGUGUCAUGGUUGUGUUUCUUUUGAAGGGUCUCUUAGAGCCUUAUACAGAAAUGAGGCUCAGUGUAUAUUACCUCCCAGGGAUCCCAGAAGUCUUUCUAAAGGCCUUUCAGUUCCAAGUGGCCUUCUAUGAGGCUGAGAACAUUACUGUAAGAGGAGAAGGUAUUUUCCCUCGACUGUGUCUGGGCCUGCCUAGAGACCCGAAUGAGGAGAUAUACUGUAUGGUUCUUUGCUAAAGGAGACAAAAGAGUGGAGAAUGAAAAAUCAAGGGAGGGGGUGUUGAGCAGGCUUGUCACAGCAAAGGAGGAGAUGCCACAUGAAGACGACUGCAGUGUUCCUACUUAUGAUGCCCUGCUGCAGAUGAAGUUAUAACGGUUCCUUGUAAAGGAAAAUGCCAUGCGAACUGGGUCCACUAACAAUUGGAUCAAGAAGCUGUGCAAGUUAAGCUUGCGUGAGUACUUUGGCUGUGGCUGUAUCAUCAAUGGCAGCAUUGUCACCCCCAUUGUCAAAAUAACCAACGCUUGUCCAGUUCCUGUAUCUUUCAGAGCUGACCGAAGCUCACUGGCAGGCACAGCUCAGGCUUUAGUACAGAAUUGGACAAGGUGCAGAAUUUGCCCUUCUGUGAGACAGAGACGUUUGAAGUGAAGUUUGACGCCUGUGGGGCCAAUCUGGGAAAGAUCGAUGCAGUUAUGCCCAUACAGGUUUGGUGAAAAAGACAUUACAUAUCUGAGACAAGCAAAGAAAUACAGGAUGAAGGUGAAGUAUUGCCUUUUUGUGCCUUUUGAGACUGCAAACAUCCAUCAUCAUAAACAUUCACAAAUCUCAUAGACUUAUACUUAAUAAGAAAUAUUUAAGAUUCUGCAAAGUAUCUAGAUUUUUUAACAAGUUUAAGCAAAAUUGUGACAUCUUAAAAUUUGUUAAAUUCAACUCAAUAUAAUAUUUAUAUAAUUUGUAAUAAAAACUGUAUUAAAUCAGAUGAUUAUAUGUAUUAAAAGUGCAAAAUCACUUCAUUUUAUCAAUGAAUUAUUUCAGAACUGAUGUUUGCAUUGUUUGUACAGUAUAUAUCUAUUGGAAGGCACCUACUACUAUCUGUACUGCACAUUAUAGCUAAUUGCCCCUUUGUUGGUUUAUUGUGUCACUGCGUCAUUCACUUGUGUCUGAUUGACAGGUGAGUAAGGGAUGCCAAGUGCAUGUGCAUUUAUGCACAGAGGUCACAAUGCCAUCUCUCACAGUGUCAACAGACACACUGCAGUUCGACAUCAUCCAGUGAGGCUUGUGUCAGGUGAUCACAGUCCAGCUGCACAAUGAAGGGCCAGUGGCCUGUAAGUGGAGCAUCAGACAGGAGGAAUGGCCAAAGAAGGAACAAGCCUGGGACAGAACAUGCAAACAAAGAGCCAGAAUCAUUUUUGUUUUCGGAACAAGUCUGAUGAAUCAUUCACUGUAAGAUUGUGAUCAUGUUUUAAGAAAGUAAAAGUAGUUCAUUUUGAUUUCAUGUUGACUAUGAGGUUCAUUACCAUCAUUAAUAAGCUGGUUUAGUAAUGUAUUACAUAUAUCUACUGGAUAUGUUGGCCGCAGUGCUGGGAUUCAUCCGUCUUUGUGGCAUGUUUGCUGCUGCUAAUCAGUUUUCAGUUUAAUCGGACUGUGGUAUGAGGUUUACUUCGGUGCUCUUACAAUAUGUUGUGGUUUUUCCUCUGAUAACAUAUCAAGGUUUUAUUGUGAUUGAAUUGAAUGGGAAUUUAUCCCAGCUGUUGUCUGUUUGGUUAUGUGAUCAGACUGACAAGCACAUCCCACUGUACCUCAGACGACAGGCUCAGCUGAAACAGCAGCCUCCUCCAGUUGUCUUUGAGUUAUUGCCCUCAGAUGGCACACUCUAUCCUGGUGACAGAACCAACGUGCAGGUCAAAUUCAGCCCAGCAGAGGGGAUCUUGCUUAAAAGGAUAUCCUUAAAAGGAUAUGAUGCUCAAAAUGUGUUACUACCUCCCCGUGCCCCUGGCGAGACUCUGCCCCCAGAACUGUUGGACUUCUACAAAGAGCAGAGCUCACAGAAACCCAAACAGGGCACCGUAUACAGCAACAGAGAUUCCGGGGAGGGUCUUGAAGAUGAUGACAAGGGGGAGACAGCUGCACCAUCUGAGGGUGAUACUCGGUGGCAAAGGCCAGACUAAAGACAACAUCAGCACUGGCAUUGCAGUGGGGGAUCUGCAAUACAACCCUGUGUCGUAAUUUGUGAUAUUUACAAAUUAUUUAAAAAUGAUAUACAUUUUAAAUAAAUUAUGUUCUGUUGAACUUUCUAUUCAUUA